CUCACCCUGACUGAAGUACCCUCUCAAGCCUCCCAAGCCAGUACCCAAGACUCUGACCCCAUGGAAGGGACCUCAGCAGCUGCAAAUUCCUCAAGCCUCCCUCCUCCAUCCCGAAGGUUAUCACAGAUAAGGCGUCGUAAGAAGAGAACGCGAGACGAGAUGUUUUCUGAAAUUAUGGAAUCCAGCCGCAGUGACAGAGCUCAUCUGAAUGAGUGGAAGGAAACAGUUUCAAAGUAUAGGAAAGAAGCCAGUGAAUGUGAGGACAGGAGGGACCAACGUGAGGACAUGAGGGACCAACGUGAGGACAGGAGGGACCAACGUGAGGAGAGGAGAGACGCUCGAGAUGAGAGGUGGCGGCAGGAAGACCAGAGGAGGCAGGAUGCAACGCUGGGGCUGCUGCGUGAGCAAACAGACAUGCUCCGGCGUCUGGUGGAGCUUCAGGAACGGCUGCUGGAAAACAGACUGCCGCUUCAGCCCCUGUUCCACCCUCCCCCCUCCCCAUGUUCCGUAUCCUCCUCACCCAGACGUGUAAGAACACGGGGGGGGGGAGGCUCCGUACACCUUCCCAUUCCACCCCAGUAGACAGCCCAAGCAAAAGGCUGUCAUUUUUUUAACCUUUUCUUUGUGGCUUUUUCCUUCCCAGCAAUCCUCCUCCCAAAUACCACCCGGGUUCCCUCCCUCUUUUUCUAAUCUAUUAAUAAAGAAUAAAUGAUUUUUAAAUGAUAGUGACUUUAUUUGGUUUGAAAGAAAGCUGGGGGAAGGGGGAGGGUGGGUUCCUUACAGAAAAUGAGUCAAUAAAGGGGGCGGGUUUUCAUGAAGGAGAAACAAACAGAUAUUUCACACUGUAGCCUGGCCAGUCAUGAAACUGGUU